GGAUUGAGGGGCUGCUUUUCAAGCGAAUGUCUCUGCUUCGCCAGCCCACCCGUCAUGCGGAGUUGAUCUCGCGGCGAAUCCCUCCCUCCCUCUUGCGAACACAUUCUUCAGGUUUUCAGUCCCAGUCCCGGAUCCCGUCUUCGUUUCAGCUACCAAGUUCUCAUAAUUGUCGAUACUUCUCUUGCUCACAAUCGCAUUUCAAGAUCAUAGCAACCCAGCUGUCACGACGUGCAUCUCGGCCGACGCACUAUAACGCUCACGAAACCCAGGCUAUCCGGCACUGCUCUUAUCGACGCAACAUGUGCAGACAUGCAGAUAACGAUGGCGGCUCGGCUACGACCACCCUUGACCACGGAUUACUGCCCACUAAUGUUGUCCCUCGUCACUACGACCUCACUUUAGAGCCUCACUUCGAGACGCUGAAAUUUGACGGCUCGGUAAAGAUCGACCUCGAUGUUGCUGAAGACUCCCGAACCAUUACCCUGCACGAGCUGGAAAUCGAAAUCAAGCAUGCGUCCCUGACCCUUCGGGCCCCCCAUGGACAAGAGACAAUCUGGAACGAGCCAGAGAUUACCCACGAUGAGGAGAAGCAGUCGGCCACGUUCGCCUUUCGCGAUGUCAUUCCCAAGAAUUCCAAGGCAGUCCUGGAUAUCAAGUACGUAGGAGAGCUCAACGAUAAAAUGGCAGGCUUCUACCGCUCCUAUUACUCCAACCCCGACGGCUCCAAGGGCGUCAUUGCAACGACUCAAAUGGAGGCAACCGACGCUCGCCGAGCGUUUCCUUGUUUUGAUGAACCUGGCCUCAAAGCCGAAUUCACCGUUACUCUGGUAGCUGACAAGGACUUGACGUGUCUCUCAAACAUGGCCGUUAGAGAUGAAAAAUUACUUGAAUCUGGCAAGAAAGCUGUCAGGUUCAACAAGACGCCGCUCAUGUCCACUUAUCUCGUUGCCUUCAUUGUUGGGAAGCUGAACUACAUCGAAAGCAAUGCGUUUAGGGUUCCUAUUCGUGUCUAUGCUCCGCCUUCGGAAGACAUAGAGCAUGGUCGUUACGCCCUCGACAUCGCCGCCAAGGGCCUUGAAUUCUAUGAAAAGGCAUUUGGGAUCCCCUAUCCUCUGCCCAAGCUAGAUCAGGUCGCUAUGCCUGACUUCGCGGCCGGAGCGAUGGAAAACUGGGGGCUCGUCACAUAUCGCACUGUGGAGGUCCUGUUCAACGACAAGACUAGUGGAGCCGCCGUAAAGGAACGAGUAUCAUCGGUUAUUCUCCACGAAUUGGCACACCAGUGGUUUGGGAAUCUGGUCACCAUGUCCGGAUGGAGUGGCCUGUGGCUCAAGUGUGGUUGGGCUGAGUUUGGUGCUCGCUACUCGCUGAAUGCGUUGUACCCGGAGUGGAAACUUAAGGAGUCUUUUGUCUCUGAAGACCUCCAAUCUGCUUUGGCGUUGGAUGGUCUCAGAAGCAGCCAUCCCAUCGAGGUUCCCGUCAGCCGGCCUGAAGAUAUCAAUCAAAUUUUCGACAGCAUAAGUUACGCCAAGGGCUCCUGCGUCGUACAUAUGCUAUCUGACUUUCUUGGCGAAGAGGUCUUCAUGGACGGUGUGCGGAAAUAUCUCCAGAGACAUAUGUAUAGGAACGCAAGCACCAACGACCUUUGGCUGGCUUUAAGCGAGGCGAGCGGCAAGGAUGUUGCAUCCAUCAUGGAUAUUUGGACGCGAAACGUUGGGUAUCCUGUCGUAUCAGUCACGGAAGAUGGCUCGAAUGUUCGUCUUGAGCAACAUCGCUUCCUUGCCACCGGAGACGUCAAGCCGGAAGAAGAUGAAGUCCUGUACCCAAUAUUUCUCAAACUCCGGACAGAGGGAGGGAUCAAUAACGACCUGACGCUCACGACGCGAGAGCGGGAUAUCAAGAUUGAACACCCGGACUUCUUCAAGAUCAACGCCAAUUGCUCUGGGUUCUAUCGAACCAAGUAUUCCAGCGACCGGCUUCAGAAGCUCGGCAAGGCUGCAGAGUUACUAACGGUGCAGGAUCGGGUCGGUCUUGUAGCUGAUGCAUGCGCUUUGGCAACCUCCGGCUAUCAAAAGACGUCUGACAGCCUGACUCUCUUCCGGGCCCUGAGUGACGCAGGGGAAACAGAAUUUCUGGUGUGGGACCAGAUCCUAUCCCGUCUCGGCUCAAUUCGGAUGGCAUGGAUUGAGCAUGACGCGAUCGUGGACACUUUGUUGAACUUCCAAAGGGAGAUAACAAGCCCACAAGCCCACCAAAUGGGCUGGCAAUUUCUACCCGAAGAUGGUCAUGUUCAGCAGCAGUUUAAGGCGCUUAUGUUUAGCGCGGCAGGCAUGAGCGGGGACAAACUAGUCGUUGCAGCCGCUCAGGACAUGUUUAAGAAGUUCAUGUUCGAAGGAGACAAGUCGGCCAUCCAUCCAAACAUCCGGGGAAGCGUUUUCGCAAUAAACCUAAAGAAUGGUGGCGAAAAAGAGUACAACGCCAUCCUGUCCUUCUAUGAGACAGCCGAGACGAGUGAUCAGCGCAACUCGGCACUACGUACUCUCGGUCAAACCCGAGAUGAUCGUCUUAUUCAACGCACCUUGGACCUCCUCUUGAGCGGAAAGAUUCGAGAUCAAGAUGUAUAUUUGCCAAUCGGCGGUCUGAGGGCAACUAAGGCCGGAAUCAGGGCACUUGCCAGGUGGAUGCAGACGUCUUGGGACACCAUCUACACCAAGUUCCCGGCGCAGUCCUCCAUGAUCAGUAGCAUUGUCAGCUAUUGUACUAAUGGGCUUUCUCAGGAGAAACAGCUGGAGGAAAUUGAACAGUUCUUCAAAGACAAGAGCUUGAAGGGAUUCGAUAGGUCUCUUAAGCAAGCCACAGACUCCGUGAAGGCCAAAAUUCAGUGGCAGGCCAGAGACACAGACGACCUGCGUCGAUGGUUGGGUAUGGUCUAAUGUCGACCCCGCCUUUCUGCCUUCCCACCCUUCGCUGAAGAGAUAUUCGUUCCGUCACCGACCGAGGUUCUUAGUAAGGAGUAACAUGUAUUUCAAAAUCAAGACUUGUUCGGCUGUAGAUAUCGAAGACACAAGGGAUGAAUAAUAUACUUGAACAGCUUUUGUGGCGAGACCACACUGAUAGUGUGUGAGCCACACCGCACCAUUAACCACUAGGGCUAGGGUAUAUACACUAUUAUACUAGCCACUAUCUAAGGCUAGGGACUAUAUAUAUUAGUGUCUUUACAUAGCCGGCCGGAUCUAGCCU